AUAUAAACAGUCCCGUCUCUUCCUUGUUUCCACUCUCUCUCUUACUCCCAUCAUCCACAUCGUCUUUUUAUAUCCCUUUCCAUGUCAUCGACUCCAUCUGACGCGGCAACGGCGCGCUUUAGCCAUGGUCCCUAUGCCCAUCUGUCCGUUCCAAAUUCGAGGACGGGUAGCGACACCUCGGUGCAUCGUAUCAAGAAUGUGCCUGGGUACAACACCCCAGUAUUCAAGGGCAAGGAGGAGCAGCGCGCAUUAGUCCAGGCUGAGGUAGCAGCCAAGGGCUUUAUUCCGCCUGAACUGGUUGCCAACGAAGUCAACUGGUUCUACUCCAACCUCGGCAUCGACGAUACCUAUUUUCAGAAUGAAUCUCGUCAAGUUAUCUGUGAUCACAUUAUUGCUUUGUUUGGAGCCAAAAUCCUUGCCUACACGAAGCACGACCCUAGCAAGCUCGUCAUCGACCUGGAGAAGAUUGACGACAAUGGCGCGACGUUCAUUCACACCAGCAAGCCUGGAUUGACUACUACGGAAGGUCCCGGAGCAACGUGCGAGUCAAGGAUCGAUUCCUUGUUCUUCGAUAAUUCCACGCCAGAUAAAGCCUACCGACUAGAAACUUUCCGCUCUGCCGGAUCUAUUUCAGCUACGGCUUCGCAGCAGCUCCGUUGCUACUUCGUUACAAAAUGUGUCUUCCCAAAGAAUCGCCAGGGGGUUAAGGAUGCCAAUGGCAAGACUGAAAUCAGAAGCGUGUCGGACAAGGCAUUUUUGGAGAAGGCUAGCGAGAACACGAUCCAAAUCUAUCAGCAGAUCAUGUCCAGUGUCGAGGAACGUUAUGGUCCGGUCAUUGAAGUCUAUGAGGUGGAAGGAUCGCGGGAACGGCGAAUUGUCAUCGGUUACAAGAUGGGUGGUACCUCCCGGUUCUUCAGCGCGCUAUCGAACCUCUACCACUUCUAUUCUCUGUAUUCCGCGCGUAAAUAUGUCGAACAAUUCUCUAACGGCAUUACCAUCAUUUCGCUCUACCUCAACCCUAUCCCCAAUGGCAACGCGCCGCCCAUCGAGCAUUCUAUCUUCCAAGUCAUGAAGGAAGCUUCACUGCUUUUCUGUCUGCCUGAUAACCCGUUCUUCCUCCCGAAUGCGUCAGGCAGCCAUGCAGUGCAGGAAGCUACCUAUGCGUACUGCGGCUGGAUAUUCGCGCAGCAUUUCUGCAACCGUCUGGGGCCAGCGUACUUGCAACUCAAGAACGUUUUAAACGAAAACGACCCGGUUGAAGCAGAGGUACUGAAUAACAUCAAGAGAAGAUUCAGAGAAGAAACCUUUACGAGAGAGAGCAUCGCACAAACCAUUCAUAGUCACUCGGAGCUGAUCCGCCUUCUAUAUGUUAACUUUGCAAUGACGCACUAUCCAACUGCCGAUGAUGCUUCCCAGCUGAUGCCGACCCUGUCUUAUCAGCGAUUACAGACUACUCAACCCUUGUCGGAUGCCGAAUUGCACGACAAGCUCCGUCGUGCUGUGCCCAACAAGCAUGAAUUGCAAGUUUUGGAAAGCUUCUUGAUCUUCAACAAACAUGUCUUGAAGACGAACUUCUAUCAGCCAACCAAAGUGGCUCUGUCGUUCCGUCUCGCGCCCGACUUCCUACCUGAGGUGGAGUAUCCCAAGAAACCAUUUGGCAUGUUCAUCGUGAUUGGAAAUGAAUUCCGAGGCUUCCAUAUACGCUUCCGCGACGUCGCUCGCGGCGGUAUUCGGAUUGUCAUGUCAAGAAACAAAGAAAAUUAUUCCAUCAACCAGAGGAUGCUGUUUGACGAGAAUUAUGGUUUGGCGUCGACGCAGUCUUUGAAAAACAAAGAUAUCCCGGAAGGAGGUGCAAAGGGAACCAUCUUGCCUUCACUGGGGGCUACUCCACGAUUAUGUUUCGAAAAAUAUGUUGAUGCUAUCAUCGACCUUUUAAUUCCUGGGCAGACUCCCGGAAUUAAAGAGCAUCUUAUUGAUCUAUACGGGAAGCCAGAGCUUCUUUUCUUUGGCCCUGAUGAGGGCACUGCGGAUAUGAUGGACUGGGCAGCUUUGCACGCUCGUGCCCGAGGCGCUGAGACCUGGUGGAAGUCAUUCACUACGGGUAAGAGCGCGGAGACUCUCGGCGGUGUGCCUCACGACACCUAUGGAAUGACGUCACUGUCCAUUCGACAGUAUGUCCUUGGUAUCUACAAACAGCUCGGCCUUAGGGAGAAGGACAUCACCAAAGUUCAGACCGGCGGCCCUGAUGGUGAUCUCGGAUCCAAUGAGAUUUUACUCAGUUCUGACAAGACUAUUGCUAUUAUCGAUGGUAGUGGUGUACUCGCUGAUCCGGCUGGCCUUAACCGUGAAGAGCUGAUCCGUCUUGCGAAACUUCGUGUACCUGUCGCCAACUUUGACAAGUCCAAGCUGAGCAAGGACGGUUAUCUAGUCAAGGUCGAGGAGCAUGAUAUCAAGCUACCAUCCGGAGAGGUAGUGCUGGAUGGCACUGACUUCCGUAACGGGGCCCAUUUGCGAUACAAGGCGGAUCUGUUUGUUCCCUGUGGCGGUCGUCCGGAAGCUGUCAACAUUUCAAAUGUUGCGGCCCUCGUCGACUCCGAGGGGAAGGCCCACUUCAAGUAUAUUGUUGAGGGUGCCAAUUUGUUUUUGACACAGCAAGCGCGCCUCCAUCUUGAAAAGCGAAAGGUCCUGCUGUUCAAGGACUCGAGCACGAACAAGGGUGGCGUCACCAGCUCUUCCCUGGAGGUCCUUGCGGGUCUAGCCCUCUCGACACAGGAAUACUUGGACCUCAUGAUAUUCAGCAACGGCAAGCCGUCUGAAUUCUAUCAAAGCUACGUCCGAGAUAUCCAGCAAAAGAUUACCGAGAAUGCCGCCUCUGAGUUCCAAUGUAUCUGGCGCGAGCAUUCACGUCUCCAGGGUGCCAAACCUCGCACGAUCAUCUCUGACGAGCUAUCCUCCACUCUUAACAACCUCCAAGCUGAGUUGGAGAGUUCAGAUCUGUACGAUGACUUGCCAAGCCGUAAAGGAGUGAUGCGGCGAGCGAUUCCAAAGACACUUGUCGACAAAGUUGGGUUGGACACUUUGUUGAAGAGGCUACCCGAACCCUACCAACGUGCCCUCUUUUCAAGUUGGGUCGCGUCGCACUUCAUUUACAAAUAUGGCGUAAAUGGGUCAAGUGUAGACUUCUUCCACUUUGCUCGGGACUUGGCAAGUCCUUGAUUUGCUACUAGCUUGAAAAGUUGCUUUUGCUAGAGACUUACAUGUACAAGAAAGAGAUAUAAUACAGGUCAAUCG